AUGGUUGUUCUGCCCUCCCUCGCAGCCAUCGUCAUCUCCCUAUCCCUCCUCCCUCUCCAAGUCCUGUGUCAGGAUCCCUCUACAGUCACAGUGAUUGGCACAACCAUUACGCAGACCUUCACUGCAGCUGCCUCCACGACACCUCUCUCCCCACAAUACACGGACUCGCUUACCUUCAAAGAGUCGAUCCUCAACUCUACAAACUUCUACCGUUACGAGCAUUCAGCGGGUUACAUAUACUGGAACGAGACUCUCGCGUCGUAUGCUCAGCAGUACUCCCAAAACUGCGUAUGGGCGCACUCGCACGGGCCGUACGGCGAGAAUCUGGCCAGAGGAUACCCCGACGUCAUCUCAGCAGUCGACGCCUGGGGCAAUGAGCGGGCACUGUACAACUUCUCAGCUACCGAUCCGACGGGCUUUAGUGAGGCGACGGGUCACUUCACCCAGCUGGUAUGGCAGAGCACGCAGGCCACGGGAUGUGGAUGGACAAACUGCAACGGCAAGAACGGCCUGGAAGGCGUGUACUUGGUGUGCGAGUACUGGCCGCCCGGAAAUGUGGUGGGUGAAAACAACUUCUUCUUCAAAACAAACGUCGACUCGGAACGAGCCGGUGGGGACACCGGAUUCGACGAGCUGAGCGCGACGGUGGGUGCGACGGGGGGGACGCCGACGUCGACGGGUACUUCAGCAGCUUCGAAUAAUCCAGCCGCGACGGCAACGGCGAGCAGUACGGGUGGUGAGUCCAUUGGGGCCCCGAUGGUGGAGAUGGAUAGACGAAGCCUGCUCGUUACUGUGUGUGUGACGCUGGCGGCUGUGUUGUUCGGACUGGGAAUGUCCUGA